AUGCCAAGCACAGCCAUGAAGAAAAAGGUGCUGCUGAUGGGUAAAAGUGGGUCUGGGAAGACCAGCAUGAGGUCCAUUAUCUUUGCAAACUACAUCGCCAGGGACACACGGCGCCUGGGUGCCACAAUUGACGUGGAGCACUCCCAUGUUAGAUUUCUAGGAAACCUGGUAUUGAACCUCUGGGACUGCGGAGGGCAGGACACCUUUAUGGAGAACUACUUCACCAGUCAGCGGGACAACAUCUUCCGCAACGUAGAAGUCCUCAUCUAUGUCUUUGAUGUAGAGAGCCGUGAACUGGAGAAGGACAUGCACUACUACCAGUCAUGCUUGGAGGCAAUUCUUCAGAACUCUCCUGAUGCAAAGAUCUUUUGUCUUGUGCACAAGAUGGACUUGGUGCAGGAGGAUCAGCGGGAUUUGAUUUUUAAAGAGCGUGAAGAAGACUUGAAGCGCCUUUCCCGUCCCUUGGAAUGUGUUUGUUUUAGAACUUCCAUCUGGGAUGAAACGCUUUACAAGGCUUGGUCCAGUAUAGUCUAUCAGCUGAUCCCCAAUGUCCAGCAGCUGGAAAUGAACCUGAGGAACUUUGCUCAGAUCAUCGAGGCAGAUGAAGUGCUUCUGUUUGAGAGAGCCACUUUCCUGGUCAUUUCUCACUAUCAAUGCAAAGAACAGCGGGAUGUCCACAGAUUUGAGAAAAUCAGCAACAUUAUUAAACAAUUCAAGCUAAGUUGCAGUAAGCUGGCAGCUUCUUUCCAGAGCAUGGAGGUCAGGAACUCUAACUUUGCUGCUUUCAUUGACAUCUUUACAUCAAAUACGUACGUGAUGGUGGUUAUGUCGGACCCUUCAAUACCUUCUGCGGCUACGCUGAUCAACAUCCGCAAUGCCAGAAAACACUUUGAGAAGCUGGAGAGAGUGGAUGGACCAAAGCACAGCCUGCUCAUGCGCUGAAUGUUGGCCGAGGCACACGGUCUUUGGGGGGAGAAAAAAUGAAUUGGAACUACUUAUUUUUAGGAGAAUCUAACAAUGUUGGUGUCUUUGUUGGGCUUUGAAAUGAGUGUGCUGCUUUAUUUUUUCUCCUUUUAACGUUGGACACUAGUCACUCGGAGGAUGUCUGGAUACACUGCGGACCUGCAAAAGAGACUUCCCUGGCGCGCGCGGGGUUGGGAAGAAGCAAGGACAGGUGAUGUGCACAUGGUCUCGUACUCCUGGUUGUCGUAGUUGCACUUGGCAGAGCCAUUUUGGAUGUUUUGCUCCCGGCUGUUCAUAUAAGUCACAGGAAUGGAAUAUUUACUGUUUUAUUGGUUGGUUGCUAGAAUACGUUUAUAAAUUUCUCCUUGUCUUCAGUCAUGAAAAUAAAUUUUUGCUACCAGGGAUUUCGGAUCCUAGAGCUUUGGA